GGUGGGCUGAGCCGCCCGCCUGCACGCCCAGCUGAUCCGAGGCUCGGCCAUGUCAGCUCCAGAUUCAGGCAGUGUCCCUCCCCCUGGGCAGCCGGCCCCAUUUCCCCCUGCCCCACCGCCGCCACCAAUUCUGCCGCCUCCCUUUAUGCCUCCUCCAGGAAUACCACCCCCAUUCCCCCCAAUGGGAUUGCCCCCAAUGGGACCACGGCCACCCCCUAUGCCACCCAUGCCCCCUGGCAUGAUGCCGCCUCCCCCACUGAUCCCACCCAUGCCUGGACCACCACCCCUGGGACAGAUGCCCGCAAUGGUGCCACCAAUGCUGCCUGGAAUGAUGAUGCCCGGGGUGCCAGCCGGGCCGGUUCCCGUCUCUGGAGGGGCAGCCCCUGCGACAGACCCAUCCAGUGCCCCCGUGACCCAGGCAGCACCUGUGAUCCCAAAUCCAUUAACUGCUGCCAUGCAACAGAACGUGAUUGUCGGCAGCUCGGCAGUUCUGGACACAGGCCGGAAGAAGCCUGCUUGGAGUGAACACAGGGCCCCAGAUGGGCGAGUUUAUUACUAUAAUUCUGAAACCAAACAAUCAAGCUGGGAAAAGCCCGAUGAUCUUAAGUCCAAGGCAGAGCUCUUGUUGUCACGCUGCCCCUGGCGUGAGUACCGCUCCGAGACUGGGAAGCCCUAUUACUACAACACACAGAGCAAGGAGUCACGCUGGACCCGGCCCCGGGAGCUCGACGACAUUGAAGCAUUGAUCAAGGAAGAAGAAGAGGAUGCAGAGAGACAACAGCAGCCUCAGCCGCCGGAAGCCUCGUUGUCUGGCCCGGCCAGCCCCAGCCCAUCAUCUGCAGCCACCUCGGACACAGAAGGCACUGGUGGUGUUGAAGGACGGGAGACGCCUGGCACGGAGGGGGCCCCCACUGCAGCGGAGGAGGAGGUCACAAGCAGUUGUGAUCCCGCCCGGAGAGAUGAAGAUGAUCGUGCUACUGGCAAUGCCUGGAGCAACAAGGAAGAAGCCAAGCAAGCUUUUAAGGAGCUGCUCAAAGACAAGGGAGUCGUGGCAAGCGCCUCAUGGGAGCAGGCCAUGAAGCUCAUUAGCAGUGAUCCACGCUUCAGUGCCUUGCCCAAGCUAAGCGAGAAGAAGCAGGCCUUCAAUGCCUACAAGGCCCAGCGGGACAAAGAGGAGAAGGAGGAGGCCCGGCUUCGGGCCAAGGAGGCCAAGGAGGAGCUACAGCGCUUCCUGGAGCAGCACAGCAAGAUGAGCUCCACCACCCGCUACAGGAAAGCUGAGCAGAUGUUUGGGGAACUGGAAGUGUGGGCCAUGGUGCCAGAGCGCGAUCGCAAGGAGAUCUACGAUGAUGUUCUCUUUUUCCUGGCCAAGAAGGAGAAGGAGCACGCCAAGCAGCUGCGCAAGAGGAACAUACAGGCGCUGAAGAGCAUCCUGGACAACAUGAGCUGUGUCAGCUUCCAGACCACCUGGUCCGAGGCCCAACAGUACCUGAUGGACAACCCCAGCUUUGCAGAAGAUGAGGACCUGCAAAACAUGGACAAGGAGGAUGCCCUCAUCUGCUUUGAGGAACACAUCCGGACGCUGGAAAGAGAGGAGGAGGAGGAGCGCGAGCGAGGGCGUCUGCGAGAGAGGCGCCAGCAGCGCAAGAACAGGGAGGCCUUCCAGGCCUUCUUGGACGAGCUUCAUGAAUGCGGGCGCCUGCACUCCAUGUCCACUUGGAUGGAGCUGUACCCCUCCCUCAGCACUGACAGACGCUUUGCCAACAUGUUGGGCCAGCCUGGCUCCACCCCGCUGGACCUUUUCAAGUUCUAUGUGGAGGAUCUGAAGGCCCGCUUCCAUGACGAAAAGAAGAUCAUCAAGGACAUUCUGAAGGACCGGAGCUUCAGCGUGGAAGUCAACACAACCUUUGAAGACUUUGCCCACGUCAUCAGCUUCGACAAGCGUGCUGCCACACUGGAUGCUGGCAACAUUAAGCUGACUUUCAACAGCCUGCUGGAGAAGGCCGAGGCACGGGAGCGUGAACGGGAGAAGGAAGAAACACGCAAGAUGCGGCGCAAGGAGGCCGCGUUCAAGAGCAUGCUGCGGCAGGCAGCUCCCCCACUGGAGCCGAGCACCGCCUGGGAUGAGGUCCGAGAGCGCUUCGUCAAUCACAUCGCCUUUGAGCAGAUCACGCUGGAGUCAGAGCGGAUCCGCCUCUUCCGCGAGUUCCUGCAGCUGCUGGAAACGGAGUGCCAGCAUUUCCAUGCCAAGGCCAAGAAGCACGCCAAGAAGCCCAAGAAGCACCAUCGCAAGCGCUCGGCUUCGGGCUCAGAGUCAGGCUCAGACCAUCCCCACCGCACAGCCAAGCGCAAGAAACGAAACCAUUCGGAAUCAGCUGGCUCGGGGGCAUCUUCCUCUCCGGAUUCAGAGCACAGCACCAGGCGUUCCAAGAGGCAGAAGAAGAAAAGCAAGAAAAAAAGACACAAGUCGAACAGCCCUGAAAGCGAAGCUGAGCACAAGAAGGAGCCAAGCCAACCCGACGAGUGGGAGCGAGAGAAGGCCCCUCCGCGGCCUGAGGGAAGAGGCCACUCCCCUCCCCGAGGCACCAGGAGGGAGCGGAGUGGCUGGGACACCUCAGAGAGCGAGGAGCUCAGCGAAGGGGAGCUGGAGCGCCGGCGCCGGACUCUGCUGCAGCAGCUAGGUGACCAGUAGCAAGCAUUGCAGCCCCUCUGGAGGGGCCCCAUCAUGGCAAGGCCCAGCUGGCCCUUGCUCCUGCGUAGUAGGCUCUGCUUUUCUUUGGCCUCCCUCGCGUCCUGGCCGAGCGCGCGCACGGCUCUGCCUGGAACUGGCGCGAUCAGACUACACCCCGCCGGGAAAGCUCACGUGGAUCUGCAUCGGGAGCUGGUCCUGACCAUUGGCGGGGACGAGCGCCAUCAACUCCCCCUGUCCUUGUGGAGCACUGGGGCAAGGAGCAGGAUUUGGAAAUCCCACCUGGGCCUGGACAGCAUCCUCAAAAUUCAGAUCAAGCUCUGGGAUCUAGCCAGAAGGGGGCUCGGAGGGGAGGCGAGAGUAAGCGCUGAAGCAGUUGGCAUUUCUUCUCUGCAUUCUCCAACAUGGAGCCUUGAAGCAGAAUGGCCCACUCCACCUCAUGACAGCAGGAUCAGUGUGGUUUGGAUACGAGGUUGGGCUGUGUGGUCCUCUCUCUUCUUGAAGGUUUGUCCCCUUGACUGGAUCCUCCGUCCUGGCUGCAGUAUCCCUUGUGUGUUGAGGUUUUGAUGGGAUUUUUAAAAUAAUAUUUAUAAUAAACCUGGACUGGAGUAUCA